AAAGAGAGCUACUUCCCAGGGAAGGGGAAAGUUGGCAUUUCAGGUCUCAGAAGGGCUGCCAGUUAUGAACUGGGAAGCAGAAGGAAUGGAAGAGCAACAGGAUCUGUGUGAGGAGUCAGGAGACUCUCAGAUUCAGGAUGACAAUCCCAAUGGGGGUUUGGGAAAGAAGAUGCCGCAUAGCCUUGUGGAAAGUGCAGGAGAAACAGAUGAAGAUGACUACUCAUUAGAGCUUACAAAUGAUCCUUCCUUCAGUUGGAGAAAGCUGAAGGAUGGGGUGCCACAAAACGUCGAGGAGGUGGCUGCGGAACGCACUGAAGAACAAGCUGAAGACUGGAAAGAUUGUGACUUCCACCUGAGUUACAGCAACGAUGACUCCAGUCCCUAUGGAACACCCUUGAUGAGCUCUCCUGCCACAAGUACAGCUUCUUUGCCUUUGAUGCGGCUGAGCCAAGAUGACCCUCUCCAGCAGCAUUUGCUUUUCAAAAAAACUUUGUUGUCCAUCUGGAAGAUGGUGGCUGGCCACAGAUACAGCGGCCCCUUUCUGAAGCCCGUUUCCGAGAAGCAGGCUCCUGGUUACAAAGAUGUGGUGAAAAGGCCAGCUGAUCUUUCCUCCAUAAAGAGGAGCCUCUCCAAGGGCCGCAUUCAGAAUAUGGUGCAGUUCCAGCGGGAUCUCAUGCUGAUGUUCCAGAAUGCCAUCAUGUACAAUAACGCCAACCACCAUAUACAUCGCAUUGCUCUGGAGAUGCAACGAGAAGUCCUGGAGCAGCUUCAGAUGCUGGGCGAGGCACUCCUGUGCUCAGAGGAAAUGCAGGGCUUUGUGAGAAGAUGUUGAGGAGCCAGAAGAAUCAGGCUAGUCCAGGGCCGAGAAGCUGGAUUUCAACCUUGCUACCUUCAGUCUGGCUCUACGGAAAAGUUGUUAAGAUAACCACAGUUCAGCAGUCUGAUGCCCCUCCACUUCCCUAAGAGCUUUUGUUAUCUAUUAUAUGUCCCAAAGUAUUAGUCAUAACAGGUUUAUAUGUAUUAGAGAAGUCAGUUUUUAGACUACAGAUACCAUGUUUUUUCCUGUUGUUUAUUCCUGGAACCGUGCUGUCUUGUCCUCACCCAGGAGUCUCAGUUGAAAUUUAAUGGAUGAAGAAGAAAGUUAAAGAACCUACAAGCCAUAGCACAGGCAAGACUUGUUGUCCCCCAAAGCUAAGCCCCGUUUUUGGUAGCAGGCACCAACAAGGGGCUGUAGAACGUACAUUUCCAGAAAAUAAAUGUUAUGUUGUGUA